GUUUAUUAGCCAUAAAUAAAUAAGCAAUUAAAAAUUAAAAUUUGUAAAUUAUAAUAAAGGUUUUUGUUUAAACAUAAAUGAAUAAUUAUUUAUACGAAUAAGAUGGAGGAGGAAGCAAAAAGAAAUCAACUUUAAGAAAUUCUAACAUAAAUUAUAAUAACAAUUUUAUUGAAGAAAGCAAUUCAAAAAAGAGAAUUAGCUGGGGCGGAAUACACACAAGAUGGUUUAAUGAAUAGGCAAAUUAAAACUGGGAUGUUUCUCCUCAGAGUUUGAGAAGCGGCAGUGACAAAAGUAGAAGUAUUGAUUAAAGUAAUUUGACAGAUGAAAAAAAUAAAGAUUCACUAUAAUCAGCUUAGAAUAUAAAUAAAGCAGCGAUUUAACAAAAUCCUAAAGAAGAUAAAUAAUUUAAGACAGUCGAUAGGCUUAGCAUAUAUUUUAAAAACGAAAAUGAUUCUUUUUAUGAUGAAUCUAUGUUAUUGCCGAGCAGGAUAAGCUUCAAUAACUAAGAAAAUGUAUUUAAAAGAAUUUCAAAUGAUCAUUAACACAUUGAAGGCAUCUAAAAAAGGCUUUCUUCACCAGCAAACUAUUUUAAAAAUAAGACAAAUUAUCAGGAGGAAGAUGUUUAGUUAAAUAAUGAUAGUGAUUCGAAUCUUUUAGAAAAUCUUGAUAGAAUGAGUAGACUAUCAGGACUAUUUAAUGAUAGCAGCGAUGGUAGAUAAAAUGAUAAUAGUGAGAUUCUGUAACCAAUUUAGGAGAUAUAAAAUUAAAUUAGUAAUUAAAAUACAGACUAGCUAUUUAAUACUGCUUAUUCAAAUUAGUAAUUUGCCAAAAAUAGUAAUAAUAAUAAUUAAAUAAAUAACAAAGAUACUAUCAAUUUUCUAAACGAUCAAAUUUAGAUAUAAUUUUAAAAUUCAAAAAAAAUAGACUCAUCUAAUAUAAACACAAUUUAAAAUCAUAAUUAAAUUAAUCAAUAAACAAAUUACAAUUAAAAUUCAAAUUAACCAAAAAUUUAGGAAUCCAACUCAAACUAAAAUUAAGGGAAUCUUUUAAAUAUUUAAAAAAAUGAUAUCAAUUAAAAUCUAUUUUAAAAUGUUCAUCAACUAGAAAAAAAUUAGAUUACUUUUAAAUAAAUUGACAAUUAAACUAAUAAUUAAGCAGAUAAUUCUAAAUAAGAUUUCAAAAGGCUUAGUGAAUUUUUUUUGUAGGAUUUAGGGAAAACGGAAACUAAGAAAAACCAAGAUGCAGAAGAGAAAAAACUUGAAAGUUAAAAAAACAAUAAAUAGGAUAAAAUGAUUUUUGAUAAUUAAUUUUCAUAAAUUAAUGUAGACUCACUAGAUUCAUCAAAAAGGAAUUUUCCUUUCUCCAUAGGAUUUGCAAAUGAUGCUUUCAAUGAAAGUAAAAAUUCAGGUAAUGAUAGCUCAUCUUACUUGCUUGAGUACUUAGACAAAGUUAAUAGAUUGUCAGAAGUAAACCCUCCUAAAUAAGAUAAAAUAGAUGAAAAAAAUUAAUAUAAAUAAACUGCAUAGAUUACUCCUUCUCCUCUUGUUAACGAUUUAAAGAAUUUGAGUUUCGACUUAGAAGAUGAUGAAAAUUUUAGCAGACACGUAAAUAGCUAGGUUAAAAUAGCACGUGAGAAGAAAGUCAAAAUAAGAGAAGGAAUAUAAGAAAUUAAAUCAGGAAAUUUAUUUGGAGAUGAACCAGUUGAAUAAAUUAGCAACAAUAACAAUAAAAAUAUCAACUAAUAAAAACCUAAAAGUAUUUUAAGUAGCUCUAAUAGUAUCUUAAAUGAUUAAGGAACUAUUUAAUCACAAAAAAAUUAAGUUAAACUAUAAUUGAGUAAAAUGAUUAAUAGUGAAAAUAUCAAUUUAAAAGAUCAAGUUUCUCCAAAAAAGAUGUCUAUAUCUAAGUCUAUAAUUCCAAAUUCAUCUGUUUAAAAGGAGAUAAAAAGAAUAUCAAUAAUUCCUAAAGAUUCAAAAGAAAUCUUACAGAAAAAUACAAUAAAUUAAUAAUUUUAGUAAAGUAACAAAGUAAAUGCUGAAAAAAAUAGUAAAGAGAAAUAAAUUUUAAAUAGUAUAUCAUUAUAAUCUGAAAAUAAAGAAAAUUUCAAUCAAUCCAAUUAAUAGGGUUAAGAAUUGAGUAAUUUUGAAGCAAUUAAAAGCACGCCUAUGAAGAAAAAGCAUUUUAAUGAUAAAGACGAGGUUUAGACAGAUAAUACAGACGACUUAGAGUAAGAAGUAGGGUAAUUGGAAAAUUUAGUUGUCAGAAUGCCUUUAAAUUCUUAUGAAAAAAAAGUUAUUUUAAAUUUUUUAACUCCAGGUAAAAAGAGUAAAAAUUUGUAAUAAUUCAGAGAGUCUAUUCUAGCAAAUAACAAUCAUAAAUAAUUAGAUGCUAAAAUUUAAGACGAAAAUGGAUAAAAUUAAAGAUAAAACGCCCUAAGUCAUAAUCAAAUUUUAAACAGCAUAAAAAAAUCAGAGGAACUUUUGGAGCAACUAUGUGAUUCGUAUUAAUUAAAAAUCAAGAGCUUAGAAGAAAAAGUGGAGAAUACAACAAAUUAAAACAUUGCUUUGGAUAACAUUUUGAGAUAAAAAUAGGAAUAAAUUGAAAAGGAAGAAUUGGAACUCUAAAAAAUAGAAGAUUAAAUUAAUGAAAAAAGAAAAAAUUUGGAACUUCCAUAAUAACCUGAAGAAUAAAAUGAGAAAGAGAUCGAUCAUAGAGUUAUUUAAAAAGAAAACAAAAUUUAUAAUAUUUAUUUUAAUUAAUAUUGGUAAACUUACUAGAUAAUGAUUAAUUAUUUUGGUUUUGAAUACUUGGGUAAAGUUAGAGACAAAAAUAACAAAGGAGAUAUGAUUGCAUUUAGAUUUUUAAAUAAAUAUUUAUGUUCUUUGCAAAUAGUUAAGUAAAGAAAGGAUGAUAAGAUUUUAUUGGUUUUUGUAAAAGGGUUAGUCUAUUCAAUUUUUAAUUCGUAAGAAAACACUCUUAUGAAUACUCAGGAAUAGUCUAGCAUAGCAGAGACAGAAAAGCAAUUUAGUUCUUACACAGAACUGUUGUCUACUUCAAAUAUUGCUAAAAUCACAGAGAAUACUUUGAAUACAAAAUUUAAAAAUUAUAUCAGUCAGAAUGGGAAUAUUAUAGAAAUAUUGCAGUUUAUUGGCAACAAAUUAGCUGAACUGGAAGAAUUUUAUAAAUAAUUAAAAAUAAUUUCAACUAUUUAUUCACUUAGUAAUUACACUUAUAAUCUUUCCACUAAACUAAUUUCAUUUACACUUAAGUUAACUCAAUUUCCUUCCAAGUUUGUUAAAUUUAUAAUUUCUCCAGAAUAAUGGUUUAACGAAAUAUAAAUUUAAGUUAUAAAUCUCCCAAUACCAGGAUUAGAUAAUUUAAACGAAAAAUUAUGUGAAGAAGUUGAUAAAUCUAUAAAUACUUAGUUUAAUAGUAAGAUUAACUCACAAUCUUGCUACUAAAAAUUAAGAUAGAUUAUUGAAGCGAUCAAUGUUAAAAAUGCUAUCGAAUAAUCUAAUAACGAAAGUAAUACAUCUGCAAGAUUAAGCACAUCAACUAAUUUAUAAAAUACAUCUAAAGAUUAAGAAUGAUGAUAAUUUAUAUUUAUAUUAAUUUAAUAUAUAUUUAAUUGUAAAUAUUUCGUGUUUUAACUAAAAAUAAUAAAAAUAGUUUUGUAUUGGGAUAAUAUUAAUUUUCUUUAAAUUACGAGUUAAUUGAUGAAAACUCAGUAAAAUCA